UUCCAACCUGCGCGUCGCAGUUAUGGACUCUGGUGAACUGCGGUAUAGUAUCCUUGUCUACACUUGCGGGUCUGAACAAACAAGGAAGAUAAAGUAUCUAUUGAAUAAAAUUAAUAAAAACAUUUGAACCUGUACACGACUACCAUGAGUUCCAUAGAGGAAAAAUCUUUUGGAGAUGCAGAUAUUGAGUUGUUUAAUUCAAACGUGUUGGAACGACUGUCUUUGUCACACGUCGAAGGUUGUGUAAUUAGAUCUUUAAGAUCUGGUGAUUAUGAUAGAGGUUUUCUUCAACUGUUAGCUCAAUUAACUGAAGUUGGAAAUAUUAGUAAAGAACAAUUUUUAAGUAAGUUCUUUGAAAUUAUGAUCUUUAAAAAAAAAUACAAAUAAUGUGAUGAGAAUUAUUUUAUUUGUUCUGUAUGU